CUGCAGGAGGAUGCCGCGACGGCAAGAGACGGGCAGGGCACGGAGGCGCCAAGCGCGGCAGCCUCCGGUAGCAGAGCUCAGCAACCCCCCGGGGGCCGCAGCUCUCUCUGGACGCGGACGUCUCCGGAGCUCCGCCGCUUGCCGGGCGCGCCCCCACCCUGCCGGGGCCGGGCGAAAGCGCAGCCGGGCGGGGGCGGGAGGCGGUGCCGUGCGCCCGCCCCGCCCCGCCGGAGGGAGGCGGCCGUGCCCGCGACAGACGCGCAGCCCCGCCGCGACAUGGCCGGCCGGCGCCUCCUGGGGCUGCUCCUCGCCUUGGCCGCGCUGCUGGGCGCAGGUCAUGGGGAUGACACAGAUGACUUCAAACUAGAAGAUGCCCUGUAUGAUGACCUCACCACCAAGCGACCUACUCCCAAAGGACCCAGAAAGCCAGCAGAUGGGACAGGCUUUGAUCUGGCUGAUUACUUUGACCCCCCUCUGGAGACCACCACCAAACCAGCCAAGCCCACUCCAAAGCCCUUCCCCAGACCGGGAAAGCCAGACAACAGCUUUUGGGAUGUCCUCCACACCACCACAACCAAGCAGCCAAAAACUACGAGGGCCCCCCGCAAGCCUAACCCAGCGAAGUAUCCUGGGGAUUUGGACUUGGCUGAUGCCUUUGAUGAUAAGAACGAUAGGAAAGAUGGUGGGAGACCAGACAUAAGGCCAGGUGAAGCAUUUUCAGAUGACGACCUGGCCGGCAUUGUGGACGGCGGUGGCUACAGCCCAGACAAGAAGAAAGGUUCUGGGGGCAGCAGCAACAACGACUAUGGUGGAGGCGGAGUGGCAGAGACGGGGACAAUUGCUGGCAUUGCCAGCGGCCUGGCCAUGGCGCUCAUCGGGGCGGUCACCAGCUACAUCUCCUACCAGCAGAAGAAGUUCUGCUUCAGCAUCCAGCAGGGACUUAACGCAGAAUAUGUGAAAGGAGAAAACAUGGAAGCUGUCGUAAGCGAGGAACCCCAAGUUAAAUAUUCAGUACUGGAAACACAGUCAGCAGAACCACCAAAACAAGACAGUGCAAAGAUGUAAAUCAUGACCUGGGGCUAGAAAAGAAUCAGCAGCAAACGAAGAUCUUACAUGCUUGUAAUUUAGCUUUUUGUUUAAUUUUACUCCAAAGCUAUUUAACGUAUACUUAGGAUUGGACUGGCUUCUUAAUGCUCUAGGCUUUAGGGUUAGAGUGGUGGUAUGUGUUUAUUUUAUGUAAAGAGGUGUAUGUUUACAUUUAAGUAAUAUUGUAGGUUUGAUGUCCAGUUGUAUGCAAACCAACAGCAGGUGCGUCACUAAUGGUCAGUUUUCAAUUAAGGGAUGAGAUCUUUUCAAAGGAGCAGCAGAGCUGACAGGUAUGAGGACAGCAAAGUGCCUGUAAAUAGCGAUCCAAAGCAAACCGGUCACAGCCCUUUGUAAAGCACCUCCAGCCAACUUCUGCCAUCAGCUAUGGGAAUGUCACGUCCAAUGGCGGUGAUGAAAACUGCACAUUUCCUGAGGGUAGAUUGUGGGCCUUAGUGUAGCUACACCCAAAACUGAAGUGCCUGUGUGUUGGUCCCAGGGCUGACGCAGGCGACUCCCUGCUCCGAAGCCAGGAGUUGAGGAUCCUUCACUACCACACAGCGCUGGGCUUCUAACCGCAUAAAAAGAUGUGAUUUUCAUGCCAAGUGAUAAAUACAGGUCACAGCAGUGUGUGCAGUGUUUACUUUUAGCAAAUACCAUUUGGAUGCUUGGCUAUGCUAGACACAAGAACGGAGCUGAAGCUGCCAAAGUGAUACAGUCUGUCCGUGUGACAUGAGAUAUCUACAUUGUCACUGAAAAGAAAACUGUAUGUUUGGAUGCUUUCAAGGACAGGGUCAGGUCUCAUUCACACUAGAACAAAUUACAGAUUUAACCAGAAAGAAAAUCAAGUAUGUAUCCAUUAAUACCUGUAACACUCUCUACCACAAGAGAAGUCAAGCUUAGCAAGGUGCAGUCCCUGCACCUUCUCCUUUUAUCAUGAAUGCAACUAUUGAGAGCACUCCGUGGCACCUGAGGCAGAAAAAGGAUCUAAAGCUUCGUCUUUUGUGUCACCAACUAACCCUCAAAGAAGGCAGAAUCUCCUGAGAGAACGGGUCCUCCAGCACUGUCCCAUGGGGGUUCCUGCAGCUUUCUGGGAAGCAUCAGGCUCAGCAGCACAUGGUGUUCACACAGCCCUGUUCAACGCCCUGGUACCAAUAUCAAGACCUGACCUUCGCUAUCGUGCAAGAAUUCGUGUUCAUAUUCUUUAUCCCUCCCCAAUCCUUUUCUUGUCACUGCUAAAAUGUGGACACUGCCACUUUCCAUUACAUUUGUCCUAAUCAACGAGGGCUUAAAGAGGGCGCUCUCAAGUGAAAGAAAAUUCACUUUACAUGGCGUAAGAGGUACUCACUAUUUAUAUAUAAACCUGAAGUGUGUGCAUUUUGUACUGUUUUGCGAAUCUCAUAUUUUGUGAAAGUAUAUUAAAAAAAAGAAAAAAGCCUUUCAGUUUGAUGUACCAAAUUCACAGCUUUCAGGUAGACAGGACUUCCACAGCCUUGCCAGGAGGUGAAGCAGCCUGGGAGCAUUGCUGCCUAACAGCUCCGUUUGAAAGGAAAUUGCCUAGUAACAUGGUUAACUAUUUUGCAAUAGCUGCACAAUUCUUUAUGCUCUUUUUGACACUUGUGUUUUUAAAGCUUUACACUAGCACUACAGCUACAGUUUUAUGAAGGAGAUGAGUUCUAGGGAUGUAUGGUGCCUCACGUGUAUUCAGAACGCUUAGGCUACAACAGUACUGCUAUGAACUUUGUUUUAUGAAUGUGUUUUGAUUAGAAAACAAAAUAUUUAAUUAUUAGCUGCUCGGAGACGGGAAGCAGAAGAAAUAAGAGAUGGGAUACAGUCUGCGUUUGCUUUUGAUGGAGGAAACGUGGUCUGCAGGAUUCCAAUCAUCACGUGCAGCAGCUCAGGUGCCAACGAAGCCACGCGGCCGAGCUUGUGUAUCUCCGUUCCCAAACACCGUCGCCUGUUUUUCUUGCCUAGCCAAACACAUUUGAAAGCUGUAGCAUGAAAAAUGUUUUCAGAAACUUACUGUGAAGGAGGUGUCACAACAUGGCAUCGAUGAACACGAGGAGCCGUUUUCCUGGGUUAGUCCACCCGAUGGUAGUUCCAGUUGUGUUGCCAAGGACCAUGUUUUCUGGAGCUGGAGAUCAUCGUUUCUAUCGCAUUUCUCUUACCUGCCCCCCCGUUUGUCUCAUGGACAGUGCAAUGGAGUGUCCAGCAUUGCUUAGAGAAUGUAGCACCUGCCCCUCCGUUGGGAAACCCUUACACUAGAACACAGGAGAAAUAUGUGUCUUAAAUCACAAAUACUGCAGUUUGGGAAAGAAAACAAAAAACAAAAAAAGCUGUUUCACAGAAAAAAAAACCACCCAGCUUUUAGAACUCAAAGCUUCCCCAAGGCCUUUCCUAUGAUUUUGGUGAGUACUUAAUACCUUAGUGUGAUCUCCAGGUAUGUGGAAAACCAUAAAUGCACAGUGAAAGGAGCACUUUUUCAAACUUUUACAGUAACAGAAUUCAAGAUAUUUUUUCUCUAGGAUUUCAAAUAGGAAAACACCGACAAAUACUGCAGUAAAGAAAUUAAACUUGGUCUUCUCUUCAAAAAUGGACAAAAGUCAAAGUCUCAAUGUGCUAAAUGUCUAUAUGGGCUCGAAUUGCUUUUUUUAUUGCAGUCUGUCUCCUCAUCUGAGCUGUCAGACCAGUCUCUGAGAAACAGGAAGUUUAUACAUCAUCUAUAUUGUAGGUGUUACAGCAACUGAGAGGAUUCCUGUGUCUUUUCUUAGUAAUGAUCCAGGUUCUGAAAUAACUGACCCAGCACUGAUCUCUCUAACUAGUAUCUAUUACUUGAUUAGUAUCUAUUGUCUUUAAAUCUGGCUAUGGAAUUUUUAAAGAUCCUGUACUUAGGUUCUGCAUACACGGUAUGAACUUUCUCAUCCUUUAUAAAAAAGGCCAUAAAACAUGAGUCCAAAACCUAUAUAUACAGCUGCCCUGAGGGUUUAUGUACUACCUGUGCUAUGAGCCCUUUUUCUUAUCACACCUCCCUUCUUCAGCUUAACUAAAGCUAUUUUUAAUAAAAUGAUUCAGAAAAGACUUCUCAGUUACAGAGAAGACAGAGAACUGAAAGGAUUUAACUAGCUCUUUUCCUGUUGUUUAUUCUAUUAAUUACUUGCAUUUUCCUUUGGCAAUACUGCAGUAGUUUGUUUUAGAUUCUCAGCUGAGAAUACUCUGACAUGAAUUUCAGAUAUUUUGGCACUAUAAUUCAGUCAUUUUCAUGCAACCCCACUGAGGAACCCUUACAAGUGCUAUAUUGUCAUGCCUAACUACUCAUUUGUUGUGAUAAAAUGGAAUUAGUCUAUAAUACCAUUUCAAAUUCUGAAAAAAUAAGAUGACUUGACAGGCUAAGGCUUUAAAAAUUUGCUUCUGCAACAAAGGAGGAUCAGAAAUAAAGGAAGUUCAGGAAAAACAGUAUUGUGAAAUUAGAGAAUCCUUUGUUUUGGGUGAAGUCCUUACUUAAAAGCAAGGCAUAUUGUUUGCUGAUGCAGAAGCAAGCUCUACCAAAUAAAGGUUGAAUGUUAUGCUAUGGAAAUAUAAUAUUCAUUUUGCUAAUGUGCAUGUAAGGAUCAUGGGGCUAAAAACCAGAAUUUGACUACCAUUGGAAAACAGCAAAUAAAACAAAUUAACUAGUAAGAAACAGA